GUUCCGUCUGUCUUUUAUUCAAUCCGUCUCCGCACCCAUAGAUUUUAAAAGACCGAGGUGUUCCGAAUAAUAGAAAAACAAGCAUCCGAAAGGUUCGACAUGGCUGCUGAUGAGGAUGCAGACGUGUUUGAAAUCACAGAUUUUACGACCGCCUCAGAAUGGGAGAGGUUUGUGGCCAGAUUGGAAGAAAUUCUUCACGAGUGGAAACUAGUCAGUGUUCAGCCACGGCAUCCUGUCACCAAGGCUGAUCAGAACAAUGGAACCUGGAUAGAGAAAACGGAAGAGAUCACAUUUGCCGACUUCAAGUUUAUGGUGUCUCAUCACUAUUUAAAACCUGCUUCCUCCCCUGACCAGACUCCGGACCUGAGACAGAGUCCAGACGAGGAGGGGGAGGAAAUUGAGGAGGUCGAAGAAAAAGAAGACGUGAUACCUACAGUGAUGAUGGAUAUGAUGAAUACCGAGAAUGACUUCCCUUCUAAGGCACACUUCCUGUCUCGGUUGUACGGCUUACAGGAGUUUGUUGUGAUAGCACCCUCCAGUAAGUCUGACGCUAUCGACAGUGAAAGUCGAAUCAAACUGCUGUUGAGUUCAGUCUCCAUAGCCCUGAGUAAUGCUGGCUGUCCUGUACCAGUGUUUGUUCAAGUCCAGCACUUUUGGAGACAGAUGUAUUCUGGGAUAUGUUUGAUGUCUGGGACCACCAUCAACUUUGAUGUCAUACAGUUCCAAAGGGUACCACCUCAGUAUAACCAUUUAGCUGGUCUGUUGGACGUGUUUAAAGCUAAACUUGCUACACAAAUAACCCCAAGGCCAAAGGUCACUGUUGCUGUCCGAUUUACCUACUUCCUUCAAGAAUGGGUUAACUCCCCUUGGCCACAAGAACCACCGGUGGUUGACAGUUGUGGAAAUGAUCUGUCUUCACUGAUGGAGGAUGAGAUCGGGUGUACAUCCUUUAAUAGUCUUCCUUUUGGAGCGAGUGAAGACCCAGUGAGUGAACUGCGUCUCGCCUGUACCUGGCCGAGUUUGUCAGAGGAUAUGAUUGUUGAGAACCAGAAUUACAGUGACCUUGACCCUCUCCAGGCUCCUCAGUGGUCAGUAAAGAUUGGCAUGUCGGAUGACCCCAACUGUUUAUUAGGCCAUUACCUACAGAGCUUCGUGAAGCAUGGUUACCGACAGGAGAGUACGGAGGAACUUCUUUGGAAUAUGGUGGUGACGGAGGAGGAGACAGACCAGACUGGCGAUAUCAGCCAAGCUCUACAGAGACUGACCGAGCCAAACGUAGGCUACAGCAUCCCGUCCAUAUCCAACGUUGUCAAUCGCGCCAGUAGUCGCAUGACAGUCAAGACGGGGGUCGCGCCAAUAUCGGCAGAUCUUCUCACCGAACUUCUGGAGCUCUUGUUUCCGGAUGCAAAAGAUGCAUUUGACAAACAGAAGGAGGAAGGAGAAGAAGAAAAAGAAAUGGACGCUACAGAGGUUGAUGCUCCGGAGUCUGACAACCGGUACACAGAGGUCAUCAGGAACCUUUCCAAACAGUUGAAGUCUUGUCCCAGUGACAACCUGGUCCACAGCCUGGCCGUCUGUCUGUGUAUCAUUAACAUCAGUAACGGGGGUCUACGGGGCGUCGCCCAGCUCUGGCAGGAGUUUGUGCUGGAGAUGAGGUUCCGCUGGGAAAACAAGUGUUUUAUUAAAGGUAUUGAACCUGGAGCUCCUAACCUUGGAUCAUGUCUGAUCUACCAAAAACUACAGAUGCUUAACUGUUGCAUUGAGCGAAAAAUGAAGCGUGAACAAUUAUAUAAAGGCUAUGAAGGUAAUUUGGACAAUAUGUUUGCAAGCGAAGAAACAAAGAAAGAUAAAGGCACAGGAAGUGCUGAUUUGGGGCACGCUCAGUCAGAGAGGAGGACAUCGGCUGAUAGUAAAUCAGAUCAGCCGAUGUCCAGUGGAAAUUUCAAACAGAAGAGUGUAUCACUAUCGAGUUUAAGUGACAAAGCCACAAAACUAGCUCACAUGGAUGUGCAGAGUUCAAGUGAAGAUGAGUUUUUCGAAUGUGAUGAAGCGACAUCUCGUAAGGACAGUAUGGAACUAAACCCUGAGGACUGUGUGGAUGACCAGGUUAAAAGGAAGGAUUCCUGGAAAAAACACUUGUCUGAUCCGGACAAAGAGGCUGAUGAAUGUGAUAUUGAUAGUGAUAAUGGGCAGGAGGAGCCGGGGAGUGGUGACAGUAUGGACUCCAACAGUGACACUGCCUUUAAAGAGAGCUUUACCCACGGACCUGUCGGGCGACUGGCUCCGUUCGGAGACCUCAAAUUGAUAGAUUCUGAGGAAUCAAUGUACAUUCCUGUUACACAAGAACCUGCCCCUAUGACUGAGGAUAUGCUGGAGGAACACGCCGAGAUUCUAGCAAGAUUGGGGACAUCUUCAGAGGGAGCACAGCUGAGAGCCAGAAUGCAGAGUGCUUGUCUGAUGUCAGACAUGGAGUCUUUCAAGGCGGCCAAUCCGGGAUGUACAUUGAUUGACUUUGUACGGUGGUACUCACCACGGGAUUGGAUAGAAGAAGAGGUCGUAGAUGAUGACGGACAAGUUAGUAAAAAAUGUCAUUUAAGCCCGAGGAUGAUGAUACCCGGUAACAUUUGGAGAGAGGCUUGGGAAUCUAGUAAGGCAGUUCCUGCCCGCCGACAGAAACGACUUUUUGAUGACACAAAGGAAGCAGAAAAGGUGCUACAUUUCCUGUCGUCGAUGAAACCAGCCAAUCUUGUCCUCAACCUGAUGCCAGUCGUAAUUCACUCGGCCAUCAUCAAAGUCAUUCAGAAUGAGGAUUCUGAUAUCCCUAAAUUAAAAGAUGUCUUGGACAACCUGAUCAGUCGUGCAUCCAAGGUUACCCGAGCGGCUCAUCAGGAUAUCAAGAAAUAUGAGGAUCUGGUGAGGUACAUCAACCUUGCGGAGACCAUGAUAGCCCGGGCCAAAUCACUUAAGUCCAAGUUCACCAAGGAUCUCCUGGAUCACAAAAAUGCUGAGAAGGAGAUGGAGCAGUUUGUCAGCGAGCUUUUACAUCACCAGGAGGUGGCUGUCCGCGGUGGACCCUACGGCCCGGCCGGAUCCUGUAUACACAAGUUAUUUAUAGCUGCUCAAAAGGAAAUCAACAUGGUUGUGGAUGAUAAUGAGGAGAAAGAGGAGGAUGGUCAUAUGAGCAGUUUGUCAGCAUUCCCUCGUCCUGUCGGGAGGGAGUACAUCCUUCGCACAUUUUGUCCCCGACCUGCUGCUUACUCUAAGUCACUGCCACAUAGACUGUACUGUAACAUUAUGGAGGGCCACGAGUUCCACUUAGCUGGAGCCUUCUCAACUGAUACAACCUUCCAGUGACGUCAAAUUUUACCUCAACAUUAAAACCCAAAAUUGGUCAGAUAUCUUAGGACAGGAACAGCUUCCAUGUCAUCAUCAGAUAUCUUAGGACACAAACAGCUUCCAUGUCAUCGUCAGAUAUCUUAGGACACAAACAGCUUCCAUGUCAUCAUCAGAUAUCUUAGAACACGAACAGCUUCCAUGUCAUCAUCAGAUAUCUUGGGACACAAACAGCUUCCAUGUCAUCAUCAGAUAUCUUAGAACACGAACAGCUUCCAUGUCAUCAUCAGAUAUCUUGGGACAUGAACAGCUUUCAUGUCAUCGUCAGAUAUCUUAGAACACGAACAGCUUCCAUGUCAUCUUAAGUCAUUGGUUUCAACAGCCCGUAACCAAGUGUCGUCUGAAGUCAUCGGUUCUUAAUGUCUGAUCGAACGUCGUCUUAGGUCAUCGUCUUCUACAGUCGUGAUCGAGUGUCGUCUGAAGUCAUCAUCUUCUACAGUCUGUGAUCGAGUGUCGUCUUAGGUCAUCGUCUUCUACAGUCAUGAUCGAGUGUCGUCUGAAGUCAUCAUCUUCUACAGUCGUGAUCGAGUGUCGUCUUAGGUCAUUGUCUUCUACAGUCUGUGAUCGAGUGUCGUCUGAAGUCAUCAUCUUCUACAGUCUGUGAUCGAGUGUCGUCUUAGGUCAUUGUCUUCUACAGUCUGUGAUCGAGUGUCGUCUGAAGUCAUCAUCUUCUACAGUCUGUGAUCGAGUGUCGUCUUAGGUCAUCGUCUUCUACAGUCGUGAUCGAGUGUCGUCUUAAGUCAUCGGUUCCCACAAUCUGUGAUUGAGUGUCAACUUAAGUCAUCGGUUCCCACAGUCUGUGGUCGAGUGUCGUCUUAAUUCGUCGGUUCUUACUGUCUUAGGUUGGAUGUCAUUUUCAUUCAGUUUGAGUGAUCAAAUGUCAUUCCAGGCUGCAGCAUACAAGUAUGAAGAAUAUUUUGAUUUAUAAAUGCAAUAUCAGCUUCACAUCGGAGGCUGUUCACGCUGUACCCACUUUUCUCAACAAGAACAGGACACCAGAUCAUCAAGAAUAUAUCCCAAGGUCAAACCUUCCAAUCGUUGUGGUUGCUCUUGAGGUCGGGUGAAUCCCUGACAUAGACACAUGUGUUCCUGUCGUGCCUAUAAAUGAGUACAAUUACUUAUGAGGACACUUCUCUAAUACAGCCCAGAUGUCAUUAUUACCGGUAUACAGAUAAGGAAGGGAUGGUAGUAGGUAGCUGUUUCCAAACAAAUAAUUGAUAAACUUUUCAUUUAAAUGUAUACGGUAUUAAUUUCUGAUGCAUAGCUGUUGGUUUUGUGAUAAAAAGGAUUUUGAAAUUGUGUUCAUGGCAUAUUGAAUUACAAAAAAAUUCAUUCCAAAAUUCUCAUUUUGUUCGAAAUCUGCAAACCACAGUAAAAAUGAAAGCCUCCUUCCCUGAUUUAAAAGUUUAGUACCAUAUUUAUCCUCAAAUAAACCCCCUUCCCUAAUUUAAAUGUUUAGAAUUUAAGUUUGGGGAGAUCAUAUUUGUUAACCAUGCCAGUUUUAGAAACAUGUUACUAUUUUAAAAUUGAUGAUUCUGCAAAAAUGAAGGAGAGGACUUCUUUGUAGAAAAACAUGGUGUUAUAAUUCAUUGUCAUUAAUGAUAUGUUGUUGUAAUAGAUUUUUCAGGAUUUUUCCUGAUGUUAUAGGAGAAAAUUAAAAUGUUCUCAUGAGUUCACCAUGAUGAAAAUUGUAUCUGAUUUAUUUUUGUUUUAAACUUAAUUUAUACAUUAAAACUUAUUGUUACAAUUAUGGUAAGAAUUUUGAGGUUUAGGUCAGGUAUGUAGCAAUUAAUGCUUCCAUACUAUGUAGUCCAUCACCAACUUCUUCUUUAAAGAAUCUGUUGGCUGGUAUAACUAUCAAACUGUGGACAGUUUUCCUUUAAUGAUAAACCCUAGUUACAGUAACUGUGACUCUCGCAUCCAUCUUAAAUUUAUUUUUAUGUUCCUGGCAAAACUGACCUGCAGCAUAAUCUGUAACCUUUCCUCCACAAAAUGUUUUUGUCAUGCACUCAUUAGCAGUGAUAGGACAUGACUGUUGUCCUUAAAAAUUCAUUUGGUUCUUUCCGGGACAAAAAUCAAUGUCAAAGUCAAAUUAAAUAUUAAAAACAAAUAAUAAUUGGUUUGGGUUUUUUUUGUCGUUUUUUUUUUCUUUUCUUUUUUUUUUUUUUUUGUCAAAUUUUGACAUAUUUUGGGCUUUUAUUGAAUUUUUGUUUGACUUACAGCAUAUAUGUGUAUUUCUGAUUUACAUGUGCUAUACAUGUAUUUACCUGCUUUUUUCUAGCUUUGUUAUGUUUUUUUCAUUAACAGCUUAUUUAUUCAUAUAUAUGCAGCGCUUAAUUAUUGUGUAAAACUUUUUGAUUUCAACAUUUAACAGUUACUGGAUUUUAACACUAUUUAGAACUAUUGAAAUUGAUUUUGUUUCUACUGUUCGCAACCCAGACUCACUUUUUCUGCCUAAUUUUAGAUAAAAUUAUCAUAACCAUGACUACAGAACUGCAUGUAUUUAAAAUUAAAUAAUUGAUAAAUGUAAA